AUGGGCUCGUGUAAUUAAUGCGUAUAGAAGCAAGAGUUACAGAAAUCAGGCAGAAAUCAAUAUCUCGUUGUUCAUUAAUCGCCAUACAAUCAUCAAAUGGCCAUCAGAAUCCAAUCCGCAUAUAGAUCAUAUAUAACUCGAUAAAAAUUCAAUUAAAAAUUAGCAGAGAGGAGAGCAAGGAAUUAGAUAAUAUGCAACUCAACAUAAGAUUUCUUAAUUGAGUAUCAUACCAGCUCUUAUUCUCCAAAAAUUAAUUAGUUUGAUUGUUCAAAUGUAUAUUCUAGCAUUCAAAACAAUCAAAAACAUUCAGCUCUCUCAAUUUUCAAUCGUCAAUAAAGUCUUAAAUUACAACCAAAAGAAUCCGAUUCUUUCGAUUUUGAAGAAUUGGACUAAUAUGACUAAACUCCAUAAAACAAACUGCUUUAAUCUCCUAAUAAAAGCCUAAGAUCUCUCCUAAAUUAAAAAGAGAAAAUAAACUCAUUUAAAUUUCGUUGUGUUUUGAGUUUGGAAAUACUGGAGACAAAUGAUAAAAUUAAAUUAUAAUAAAAAAAUAAGAGAUAAAAGUAUGAUACUAUCAAAUUGGUUGGUGGUAAUACCUACUAUGGGGAAUGGUUAGAUUCAUUACCAGAUGGCAAAGGAAAGUACACAUUUUCUGAUUCCUCCUAUUAUUCAGGAGAUUUCGUGAAGGGCCAAUUCCAUGGUAAAGGAGAGUUUAAAAGUAAGGAAGGCACCUGCUAUCGUGGAUAAUGGAAGUUAAAUCAAAUGCAUGGUGAAGGUCUAUACAAUUAUAAUAAUGGCUGCAAAUAUGAAGGUACUUGGGAAAAGGAUCUCCCGAAUGGAUAAGGCAUAGAAUGGUAUGCUAAUGGUUCUGUUUACGUCGGUACUUUCUUAAAUGGGGAAAAACAUGGCAAAGGAAAAUUAACAUUUAUUGCUGGGGAGAUCUAUGAAGGGGAAUUUCAAUUUGACAACUUCAAUGGAUAAGGAACAUAUAAAUGGCAAGAUGGCAGAGUAUACCAAGGGGAGUGGGUGAAUGGUAAAAUGAAUGGGAAGGGACUCUUGAAUUGGCCUGAUGGUCGUUUCUAUAAGGGCUAAUAUUUGAAUGAUCAAAAACAUGGCUUUGGAAUAUUUUCUUAUUCUGAUGGUCGUAAAUAUGUUGGUCAAUGGAAGUUGGGACUAUAACAUGGAAAAGGAGAGUUCCAUAAGGGAGAUGAGUCAUAAAAGAUUACCAAAGGAAUUUGGAAACAAGGGCAAUUAGUUAAAUUGCUCUGA